UCGCUCUCCAUCACCGCAUGACUAGCGGCAGUGCGGAGCUCCAUUGGUUCAGGCUCACGUCAGUCUGAAGUGAUACUAGUGCGGAGCCGCUACAAACUCCAACUACAUCAGUGAAGAGAGAGCAAAGCAGGACGGGAGGAAAAUGUUGCGGGUCUCCAGCGCCGGGACCGGCUGAGCGGCUCAGACUGAUCGAUAAGCAGCGGAAGGAAGACACUGCUGAUAAACGCCACUUACACCGAGCAGCUUGCGACCGAGCGGACAUCUGAGUUCUCCGUGGUGUGCCAGCCCUCUGUGGUCUCUCCAUGCCUCCUUCUCCUCUAGACGACAGAAUUGUGGUGGCGCUGCCAAGGCCGAUACGACCUCAGGAACUCCGACUCCGCCUGGACACCAGCUACCUGGAAGCCACCGUGGGCACCGUCGGUCAGUCGACGGUAAUCAGCAGCACCACCGUGGUGAAGAUCCAGGCGACCAAGCUUUCGUAUAUGCCCUCGUCCAGCGGCUCCACGCGCUCGCUGACGUGUGGAUGCAGCAGUGCCAGCUGUUGCACGGUGACCACCUACGAGAAGGACGGCCAGGUGAGCGCCAGCAGCCCCAACUUGAACUCUGGCGUCGGCUAUGGCGUCCCGACGGUGGGCCACGGCGAGGCCUACAGCGCGCCCAGCCUCACCUCCAGCCUGACCAGGGGCGGCAUGCGGGUCAUCCACCCCAACGAGCUGGCUAAGAAGCUGACGCACUGCCCGCUGGGCCACCCGCUCGGGCCGGCGCCCGUCAUCAUCGACUGCCGGCCCUUCAUGGAGUUCAACAAGAGCCACAUCCGCGGCGCCGUGCACAUCAACUGCUCCGACAAGAUCAGCCGCCGACGCCUCCAGCAGGGCAAGAUCACCGUCCUGGACCUCAUCUCCUGCCGCCAGAGCAAGGACUCCUUCAAGGGGAUUUUUUCCAAAGAGCUGGUGGUGUACGACGAAAGCACCGUGGACCCGGGACGCCUCACGCCGUCUCAGCCUCUGCACGUCGUUCUCGAGUCGCUGCGCAGGGAAGGAAAGGACCCCAUCGUUCUUAAAGGAGGCCUCGCCGGUUUCCGACAGAACCACAAUGAUCUGUGCGAACACUCUCUUCACCUGGAGGAAGGACAGGACGGCAGCACCGCGGUGGGCCUGUCGGGGGCGCUACCUCAUUCCCUGCCCUCCACGCCGGACAUCGAGAACGCAGAGCUGACGGCCAUCCUGCCCUUCCUGUACCUGGGCAACGAACGGGACGCUCAGGACCUGGAGCUCAUGCAGCGCAUGGACAUCGGCUACAUCCUGAACGUCACCACGCACCUGCCGCUCUACCACUACGACCUCGGCCUGUUCAAAUACAAGCGCUUACCCGCCACCGAUAGCAACAAACAGAACCUGCGGCAGUACUUCGAGGAGGCCUUUGAGUUCAUAGAGGAGGCGCACCAGGCCGGCCAGGGGCUCCUCAUUCACUGCCAGGCCGGCGUGUCUCGCUCCGCCACCAUCGUGAUCGCCUACCUGAUGAAACACACCUGGAUGACCAUGACGGACGCCUACAAGUUCGUCAAAUCCCGGCGGCCCAUCAUCUCGCCCAACCUCAACUUCAUGGGCCAGCUUUUAGAGUUCGAAGAAGACCUGAAUAACGGCAUCACUCCGCGCAUACUCACGCCCAAACUCACCGGCCUCGAGACCGUCGUAUAGUGACUCCUUUCCAUACGGAAUAUCCUUGAGACGUGGAUGAGGAAAACGGACAGUUUUUUUCAGCCAAACACUGUGCUGCGGUCAUGCGACGGCUCUCGGCCGCUGGUGCUGGCUAAAGCCCUCCGAGGAGGCUGGAUUUUCGCUCGUUUCAUCGUUCUUACUCUAUUUUUAUACACCUAAGGUGGCUUCACUGUGCAAUAACGUCUGUGUGGAAAGCAGCCGGGUGCGUGAUGUGUAUAUAACGGCACCGAGACUCUCGGCCCACCCGGUUAGUCGUGUACUUUUGUGUUUUUCGUACAUUUAGGCACUGAUUUCUGACAUUUAAAACACCUGAAACCAGCUUUAUACAUGUUCGGAUGCGUCUUUGUGUAUUAAUGUCUUUAGCAUCGCUGACAAUCAGAACAAACCUCAUUUGAAUGUCCUUUAAAAUUAACCGAUUGCAUGAUUGCGCUAGAAGAAGUAUACAAGCAUAGUACUAUUAUAUACUGAUCAAAAUAUAGCUAAAAUCAUUUGCUUGAAUAUUAAGGAGUUGUUUUAUUUGUUUGAAUUGACCGUUUUCAUAUUAGGUUGGUCAGCGGUGCACAUUCGUUCUGUUUUUGCUUCUGUAAGUGCGUGUUUGUCCGAAUGGGAUUGUUAUCUAACGUAUAUUACGCUCGUAUGUAUGUUUUUCGGCUUCACUGUGUUCAGCGGUUCAACUCUCUCUUGACUCUCAUGACCUCAGAAAGGUAGAUGGAUGCUUGUGAAUUUCAGCUUUUUGCGCACACGUAAGAAUUGUGCCUCUAUUGGUGCCUUAACUCAUUUUUCGGAUUUUUUUUUUUUUUUUUUUGAGUGUGUGAAACGGCUUUAAACCAGACCGCAAGGCGUUCGUGUGUGUUUUAAUGUGCUGGAAGAGUCAAAAGGUUGAUUUUUAUCAUGAUUUUGUUCUCCUUUCUCAUAACAGAACUGAAACGCUGUGAAAUAACAAAACUCUGGGCUCGUCUAAACAUUCAAACGCAAAAUGUACCAGAGGACGGUUUAUUGUACUUCACCCGGACUCCUCACAAUUAAGGGUUUUUCUAAAGAAUACAUUUAGUUUUUCAGCUUUACACAAACCUCCUGCACUUUGGCUGUACGGUUUUGAAAACUUGCAUAUUACUGCUUUUGUUUAAGUAGAAGAAGUAGAAAUACAACUAGAAUGUUUACCUUGAAUGGUUUCAGUGAAAUUGUAUCCCUAUAUUUGUAAUUUAUAUAGACAUAUAUACAUAUAUAAGUACUGAAAAUUUGAGAACGCAAGCGAAAUCCUCACAAUCAGUAAAAGCUGAGUUUAUUAUUAUUAUUAUUAUUAUUAUUAUUUUGAAAACCCAACCAGCACACUUAUUAAUCUGACUGUCUACUGAUUAGAAAUUAUUAGAAAUUAUUAUAUAUUUAAAGCAGUAGAUCAGACACUGUGCCAAUAUUAGAAAACAACCUACUUGAUCACUUUUUCUCUUUCUUAGUUUUUACUAAAGCUUUUAUUUUUCAUGGGAUGAGUGACUUUUUAUCUCACAAUUCUGAGAAAAUUGCAAGAUAUAAAUUCAGAAUUGCAAAACAAGUCAGAGUUGUGAGAUAAAAAGUCACAGUUGGCUUUUUUUUGUUAUUCUGUGAAACAAAACAAAACAAAACAGAAUUGCAAGAUGUAACUUUAUCUUUAAUCUUGCAUUACUAAGUUUUUAUCUUCUUUUUCUCAGAAUACGCAAGUUGCAGUAACCUUUUUUAUUCCAUUGUAAAAAUAAAUAAAUAAAUAAAUAAAAUUGCAAAAUGUAAACUCAGAAUUCUAAACAAAUAAUAGUUCUUUUUU